UAGCAUCAAAGUAAAUAAAGUAAACCCAUAAAAAAAGUAAUUGAUGCAAUAACUCAUUGUUAGAAUUAACCUUACUGCCCAACAUAAUUAUACACUUGCAAAAUACGUUUAUAAAGGUCUUUACAUUUAUGCUAAUAUAUUUUUCAGUCCAUGUUUGUAAACUUUUUUAUAGUCUUUUUUUUUUUUUUUUUUUUUUUUUUUUUGCAAAAGUGCGAAUAAUUUAAGUCAAACCUUUUGAACUUGGCUGAAGCAAACCUUCGUGUUAUAGUUUACAUGCCGAAAAACAAUUAAGCAUUUUUGUUUCGAAUUAGCCAGGGUUCAGAAGAAAGCUAACAAAUUACCUCAACUCUUACCUUCGGAGAUAGACAAAAAGAUUGUGAUGAUGGGGGGUGCUUCUGAUACUGCGCCUGGUGAUGAAAGCUAGGUCCAACACUCACCCACUCACAUUCUCAACUGACCCUGCCCUAGAAUCAGUAUCGGAUUUUCUUUGCAAGUACACCAAUGACAAAAGGUACCCAGGUAUCUAACCAGAGGAGUAUCUAAUAAAAAAAAAUUUAAAAAAAAAAAAAAAGCCGCGCGCACGCUCUUCAGUCUUCGCGACCUACACCCGACCAGGACCUGUCACGUGACCAUUCUCCUCCCAGGCAAUGCAGCCAUGAGGUGUCACCUCCGUCGCGCUGUCAUUCUGGUCAUCUCCCUCACCACGAUGUUGUCGACCAUCUUGUUUCUCGGGCAGCUGGAAGAAGGCAGGCGACUCCGCUUCGUUCUGGAGGUCUCAGACAGGAUCGGAGCUCACCCAUGGACACAGCAGCGGUCCGAGCCUCCCACAGUCGCACGGAGGAUCACGGCCGAGGAAUUCCGGCGAAAUCCUUUGCUGAAGACAGGCAACCCACUGAUCGACGACUAUGGCAGGAACAGCUCGGCUCCAGGUGAAAUGGGUUCACCUGUUGUUUUGCCAGAGGAAAUGAAAGCAAAUGUCUCAGAAGCUUUGAGGAUGUUUCGGGUAAAUGUUCUGGCUAGUGACGUCAUUCCCCUGAACCGGAAGGUGCCAGACAGCAGAGUGCCUGGAUGCCGGGGAAAGCAGUUUGCUCGCGACCUCCCGACGGCGUCCGUCGUCAUCACUGUCCACGAUGAGUGGCCGUCCGUCCUGCAGCGAACGCUGUACAGCGUCAUCAACAGGUCGCCGCGCCACCUGCUGAUGGAGAUCAUUCUUGUGGACGACAACAGCACGCUGAAGGGUCUGCAGCAAGACCUGGACGAUCGCAUUGCCGCAGACUUCCCUGAUGGUCUCGUGCACGUCGUCAGGAUGAGGCAGCGCGCGGGGCUGGUGCGAGCACGCAUGGCUGGCGUUCGUGCGGCCAAGGGGGACGUCAUCGUCAUCCUCGACAGCCACUCUGAGGUCAACGUCGAGUGGCUGGAACCUCUCCUGACACAAAUCAAAGCGGACCAGACGAGUGUAGCGCUGAGCCUGCUGGACUACAUCCACGCCGAGACGUUUGCCUACCGCUCCCACAAGCUCUCCCAGGUGCGGUACGGCUUCGACUGGCGUCUGGUGUUUUAUGAAACCUUCUUCAGACCCUUCUCCAACGAUGCUUCUGUGAAACCGGGCGUGGUGACGGUGGGCACUGCCUUCGCAGUGGACAGGAAAUAUUUUCUGAAGCUGGGCGGAUAUGACGAAGGAAUGGACGUAUGGGGAGGAGAGAACCUGGAGCUGUCAUGGCGGGUGUGGAUGUGUGGGGGGUCAAUGGUGCACGUCCCCUGCUCCAAGGUGGGUCACAUUGCCCGCCCGCAGCCCUACUCCUUCCCCGCGGGCCGGCAGCACACGGAGAUGCACAAUUACAAGCGCGCCGUGGAGGUGUGGAUGAACGACAAUCACAAGAUCUUUGUCUACAGCUACUUUCCUCAGAUGAAGACGCUAGAUGCUGGAAACCUGACGGAACGAAAGGAACUGAAACAGAAGCUCGGCUGCAGCUCGGACUUCGACUGGUUCCUGGAGCGCGUGUGGCCGGAACUUACCGUCUUCGACAAAAACGCUUCUGUCUGGGGUGCAGUGGCCAAUAUUGCCCUGGGUCUGUGCCUGGACACUCACAAUAACGUGUAUUAUGCUGAAAAACCAUUUUUCGCAGAGCCAUGCCACGGACAGCUCAACUCUCAGGGCUUCUCGCUGACCAAGGACGGAGUCUUGAAGUCAGGUCUUCACUGUGUAGUCGUCAGGAACGACAACUCUGGCGCACGCGCACUGUUGGCGAAUUGCUUCUCUGCCCCUGUCGACAAGUGGGCGUAUCCCAAGGUGAAUGAACAUUUGUGUCACCAACGUAGUGGUCUCUGCUUAGAUUUGUGCGACAAGGUGCCUUGCAUCAAGAACUGUACCGCGGAUGUCAGCCAGAAGUGGACCUUCAUACAACCCACUUCCGGGCUGCAAAGAGUCGGUUGACUCACGGACGUGUAGCUCUGGAUUGCUGGCGGUUUGCCAGGAACAAAGCCUUUCGCGAGGUUGUAAGUUGUCUGGUCUCGGCGAGCCCUUUGUCAGGGAACAGCGCUGAAGUAAAAAUGCC